CCGCGGCAGGUUGCUGAGCAGCCGAUGGGGACUGCGCGCUCCGGACCCGGCGAGGACUGAAGAAAUGCUGAUUUCAGUAAUUUGCAAAAAAUAGCGUAUGGAUUUUUAGCAACUGAAGAACAAGAUAAGGUUUCAAUUCUGGAUAUUGAUUGUGUUUUUUGUUUUUUUUUUUAAUUUUUAUGAUUAUUAUUUUUGAUUGGCUUUUUUUCCUUCCCCUGUGGAUGUGAAUUGAAGACCUACGGAGGAGCUCUGGACGAGGGAACAGGAGGACGCUUACUUCAUUUUAUUUGGAAACACUCGUUGCCGCGGUACCUUCUAGUUAUAUUCCACAGUCAUGUGGUCAUCACAGCUGCUGUUCUUCACAAUGCUGUUAGCACCAGCAGUGCAUGCUUUCAGUCGUGCCCCCGUUCCUAUGGCCGUGGUCCGACGGGAACUGUCCUGUGAGAGCUAUCCAAUAGAACUUCGCUGCCCGGGAACAGAUGUCAUCAUGAUUGAAAGUGCCAACUAUGGUAGGACUGAUGAUAAAAUCUGUGACUCUGAUCCUGCUCAGAUGGAGAAUAUCCGCUGUUAUCUGCCAGAUGCCUAUAAGAUUAUGACUCAAAGAUGCAGUAAUCGUACACAGUGUGCAGUGGUAGCGGGCCCUGAUGUGUUUCCAGACCCUUGCCCGGGAACAUACAAAUACCUGGAAGUGCAGUAUGAAUGUGUCCCUUACAAAGUGGAACAAAAAGUUUUUCUUUGUCCUGGCCUACUAAAAGGUGUAUACCAGAGUGAACAUUUAUUUGAGUCAGACCAUCAGUCUGGGGCCUGGUGCAAGGAUCCUCUACAGGCUUCUGACAAGAUUUACUACAUGCCUUGGACCCCGUACAGAACUGACACCCUGACGGAGUAUUCUUCCAAGGAUGAUUUCAUAGCUGGGAGACCAACGACCACCUAUAAGCUCCCUCACCGGGUAGAUGGCACCGGAUUUGUAGUGUACGAUGGGGCUUUGUUCUUCAACAAGGAGCGAACCAGGAAUAUAGUCAAGUUUGACUUGAGGACAAGAAUAAAAAGCGGGGAGGCUAUCAUAGCAAAUGCCAAUUACCAUGACACCUCUCCUUACAGGUGGGGAGGCAAGUCCGACAUAGACCUGGCAGUGGAUGAGAACGGGCUAUGGGUAAUCUAUGCAACAGAACAAAACAAUGGCAAAAUUGUCAUUAGCCAGUUAAACCCUUACACCUUAAGGAUCGAAGGGACGUGGGAUACAGCCUAUGACAAAAGGUCGGCUUCCAACGCUUUCAUGAUCUGUGGGAUUUUAUAUGUGGUGAAGUCGGUGUAUGAAGAUGACGACAAUGAAGCCACAGGAAAUAAGAUAGACUAUAUUUACAACACUGAGCAAAGCAAGGAUAGUCUGGUGGAUGUUCCCUUUCCAAACUCGUACCAGUACAUCGCUGCUGUGGAUUAUAACCCCAGGGACAACCUCCUUUAUGUAUGGAACAACUAUCACGUGGUGAAAUAUUCUUUGGAUUUUGGACCACUGGACAGCAGAUCAGGGCAGGCACACCAUGGGCAGGUUUCCUACAUUGCUCCACCAAUUCAUCUUGAUUCGGACCCGGAGAGACCGCCUUCGAAGGAAGUAUCGACAUCUGGGGCGCAUGGCGUGGGAAGCACCACCACCAGCACCCCUCUUCUCCUCACCGCCACGAGCACCGGGCGCACCACCACCACCUCAGCCGCGGGCAGAAGGAACAGGAGCACGAGCACUCCCUCCCUGGUGGUGGAUGUCCCCGAUGAAAUGACUACACCCCUUUCACCUGCCUCCUCCCAGCUCCCAGCUGUAGGGGCAGAGAGCUGUGAGGCUGUGGAAGCCCGUGAGAUCAUGUGGUUUAGGACCCGGCAAGGACAGAUGGCAAAGCAGCCAUGCCCUAUGGGGACAGUAGGUGUUUCAACUUUCCUGUGUCUCGCUCCUGAUGGGAUCUGGGACCCACAAGGGCCGGACCUCAGCAACUGCUCUUCUCCCUGGGUCAACCACAUCACACAGAAGCUGAAGUCCGGGGAGACUGCUGCCAACAUUGCCAGAGAGCUUGCGGAGCAGACGAAAAAUCACUUGAAUGCUGGAGACAUCACGUAUUCAGUCCGAGCCAUGGACCAGCUGGUGGGCUUGCUGGAUGUGCAGCUCCGAAACCUGACUCCAGGUGGGAAAGACAGUGCUGCGCGCAGUUUAAACAAGCUUCAGAAAAGGGAGCGCUCUUGCAGGGCCUAUGUCCAGGCCAUGGUCGAGACAGUUAAUAACCUCCUGCAGCCGCAGGCUCUGAACGCAUGGAGAGACCUGACCGCGAGUGACCAGCUUCGUGCAGCCACCAUGUUGCUGGACACGGUGGAAGAAAGUGCCUUUGUGCUGGCCGAUAACCUCCUGAAGUCGGACAUUGUCAGGGAGAACACUGACAAUAUCCAACUGGAAGUUGCCAGGCUAAGCACCGAUGGGAAUUUGGAAGACCUGAAAUUUCCACAGAACCUGGGCCACGGAAGCGCUAUCCAGCUGUCGGCAAAUACAUUGAAACAAAAUGGUCGAAAUGGUGAAAUCAGGGUGGCUUUUGUGCUGUAUAACAACCUGGGCCACUAUCUCUCCACGGAGAACGCCAGCAUGAAGUUGGGAACAGAGGCCAUGUCAACCAAUCACUCUGUCAUAGUCAACUCCCCCGUCAUUACAGCAGCAAUAAACAAAGAGUUCAGCAAUAAGGUUUAUCUUGCUGAUCCUGUGGUGUUUACUGUCAAGCAUAUCAAGCAGUCAGAAGAAAUUUUCAACCCUAACUGUUCAUUCUGGAACUAUUCAAAACACACGAUGACAGGGUAUUGGUCGAAACAAGGGUGUCGGCUCCUGACCACAAACAAGACACACACCACAUGUUCCUGUAAUCAUCUCACCAACUUUGCAGUCUUGAUGGCACAUGUAGAAGUCAAGCACAGCGACACAGUUCACGACCUGCUCCUGGAUGUUAUCACGUGGGUCGGCAUUCUGCUGUCACUCGUCUGCCUCCUGAUCUGCAUCUUCACCUUUUGCUUUUUCCGCGGGCUCCAGAGUGACAGGAACACAAUUCACAAAAACUUGUGCAUCAGCCUCUUUGUGGCCGAGCUCCUCUUCCUCAUCGGGAUCAAUCGAACAGAUCAGCCAAUCGCCUGUGCUGUGUUUGCUGCCCUCCUGCACUUCUUUUUCCUGGCGGCGUUCACUUGGAUGUUCCUGGAGGGGGUGCAGCUGUACAUCAUGCUGGUGGAGGUGUUUGAGAGUGAACACUCGCGAAGGAAGUACUUCUAUCUGGUUGGCUACGGGAUGCCCGCACUCAUCGUGGCCGUGUCAGCGGCGGUCGACUACAGGAGCUAUGGCACAGAUAAAGUAUGUUGGCUCAGACUUGACACCUACUUCAUUUGGAGCUUUAUAGGACCGGCGACCUUGAUAAUUAUGCUUAAUGUAAUCUUCCUUGGGAUUGCUCUCUAUAAAAUGUUCCAUCAUACUGCCAUCCUGAAACCUGAAUCUGGCUGUCUCGACAAUAUCAACUAUGAGGAUAACAGACCCUUCAUCAAGUCAUGGGUUAUAGGUGCAAUAGCCCUACUCUGCCUCUUAGGACUGACCUGGGCCUUUGGACUUAUGUAUAUUAAUGAAAGCACAGUCAUCAUGGCAUAUCUCUUCACCAUUUUCAAUUCUCUGCAGGGAAUGUUUAUAUUCAUUUUCCAUUGUGUCCUCCAGAAAAAGGUACGUAAAGAAUAUGGAAAAUGCCUGCGCACACAUUGCUGUAGUGGGAAAAGUACAGAGAGCUCCAUUGGCUCAGGAAAAACAUCUGGGUCACGGACUCCUGGACGAUAUUCCACAGGCUCACAGGUAAACCAUAGCCGGAUCCGUAGAAUGUGGAAUGACACAGUUCGAAAGCAGUCCGAGUCUUCCUUUAUUACCGGAGAUAUAAACAGUUCAGCUUCACUCAACAGAGAGCCCUACAGAGAGACAAAGGGGCUUCUGAACAAUGCCAGGGAUACAAGUGUCAUGGAUACUCUACCACUGAAUGGUAACCACGGCAACAGCUACAGUAUCGCCAGCGGCGAGUACCUGAGCAACUGUGUGCAAAUCAUUGACCGUGGGUAUAAUAACCACACUGAGACUGCCCUAGAGAAAAAGAUCUUGAAGGAACUCACCUCCAACUACAUCCCUUCCUAUCUGAACAACCACGAGCGCUCCAGUGAACAGAACAGGAACCUGGUGAACAAACUCGUCAACUCCAUCGGCAGUGCGACCGAGGACAACGCCAUCGUCCUCGAUGAUGCCACCUCCUUCAACCAUGAGGAGAGCCUGGGCCUGGAACUCAUCCACGAAGAGUCCGACGCCCCCUUGCUACCACCAACGGUUUAUUCCGCUGAGAACCACCAGCCGCACCACUACACCAGAAGACGGAUCGCGCAAGACAACAGCGAGAGCUUUUUCCCCUUGCUAACCAACGAGCACACAGAAGACCACCAGUCUCCCAACAGGGAUUCUCUGUAUACCAGCAUGCCCACGCUAGCUGGCAUGCCCGUCACAGAAAGCGUUACCACCAGCACCCAGACCGACCCCCCCCCGGCCAAAAGUGGUGAUGCCGACGAUGUGUACUACAAAAGCAUGCCAAAUCUAGGCUCCAGGAACCACGUCCAUCAGCUACACACUUACUACCAGCUGGGCCGAGGCAGCAGUGAUGGUUUUAUAGUCCCACCGAGCAAAGAUGGGACUUCCCCCGAAGGGAGUUCCAAAGGACCUGCUCACUUGGUCACUAGUCUAUAGAAGAUUAAGCAAAAAUGUAAAACAACCAACAUCCCCUCCCUCUCCUCCCUAACACCUGGUUUACUGUUCUGAGUUAAUACAAGCAGUGGUAAUAUUGUGCGUACUCCUAAAUCUUCGUGCUGUUCUAAAAAACAAACAAACGGUCAGACUUUUUUUUUACUGGAAUUUUUAGGCCAGCCCGGGGAGAAUAAUAACUGAUGAAAUUCUACCCCUUUCCUCCCCACCCUCUCUCAGACAGACUUCAUUAUGUUAAUGAAAGAGAUACAACAGAUAAUGGCACACUUCGUGGCCUUCUCGAGUUAUGCUGUGUUUGUUUAAACAUCCUUGAUGCUCUGUUGCUAUUAUUACUGAGGACCUGAUUUAAAAAGAAAAAAAAAAAAGGCCAAACGUGCAUUUGAAACUAGUAGCGAUGAUGCAUCUCGGUGGGAGUGCUGCACAAAGAACAAACAACAACAAAAAAUAGCAAAACUGUUUAUUAUGAAUCUGUAUCACAUAAUGGUUUUUGGUCACUCACAACUCGAUUUAACUGCAGCGCGUUUAGCUGUGGGAGCAAACAAAACAAAAUCUAAUGAAACGGAUGGGAAUUCUAGAAUUAUAUAUGCUACACGCAUAUUUUAUGUUUUGCUGUAUUAACUGAUGAUAAAAAAACUAAUGGCAGAAAAAAAAUUGAACAAUUUCUAUGUAAUGUACAGAUACUAGCAUUGCACAUAUAGUCUGCUUUUUGUUCCUCCAGAACUUGCGUCCCUGUUAAUGUAGUGGGAAAAAAAAUAACUUUUUCUGUUGUGCUGGUCUUGCAAAUUUGUCUACCAGUAGGAGCAAGGUUUUUCAUAAAUCCUUUUUUGCCAUUGUUUUCUUUAAAAAUUUCACUGGGCAAAAAAAAAAACCCAAAAAAAACCAAAACAAAAAAAGUCACUUUCUAAGGCUCAUAUUCUAGUAAUACAAUCACAAAUUCUUUUCAACCAAUGGGAUUUUCUUUUUCUCGUGCUUUCUCUUUCUUCAGUCGGUGUAUUGCCAACAGAAAUUUCGCAGAUUAGAGCAGGGCAAACUUUAUGUUUACAGUGCACAACCGAUAAUAAUAAUAAUAAUAAUAAUAAUAAUUAAUAUGAAGCGUAUUUGGCAAGCCGUCCCUCACCCAGGCAGUAGGCACGGUACUAGAAGCCAAGAGAUCUCUUAUAGUUAUAGCUGGGCUUCUGCAUGUGAAAACAAUAUCCCUGUAGGAGUUAAGAGUCUUCAGGCCUCAGUCUGGUUCCCAAUCUAGGCACUUGUACUGCAGUGGUUAAAAAAAAAAAGAAAUUUGACUGUCUUAUAACAAGAAUUUGAAAACCAACUAUUUUGAAGUGAUUAAAAAAAUUCUCUGUUCAUUAUUUUCCUAACAGGAAAUUUAUUUAUUUGAUAGGAUUUGAAGUAAUGUAGGCUUUCCGGAGGUAAAUUAGCAGCACAGAUUAUAAUUUUUUUUUUAAUUUAUGAUCCAUUUUGUAUGGUCUCAAAGUUGAAUGACCUCAUUACUAAUAUUUGUUGUAAAAGUGAAACUUGUUUGCCAACCAAUAAACAACUGAUUAAGAUUUAGAAGA